AAAUAGAUAGAAACAGAAAAAAAAAUAGAAUGUAACACGGAAAUCCACGCAUCUGGAAGAGGAAAGUUAUAGAUGUUUCCUUUUCCAUGACCUUUUCCUAAUUGUUACAGGAAAUCCUUUUAUUUAAGUCUCAGAGGCUCUGCUUCUUCCUCCUGUCUCCAAAUUUCUUCAUCGCCAUUCAAGGUUCCUUAGAUUUUCCCGAGAAAGUUGAACUCUUUUCCUGGAAAUCUCGUGAAGUUCUCACUUUUCCCGAGAAAGUUUGGUUCUUAAUCUUGCCGGUGUUCGUGAGAUGUCGUCGGAUAGAGAUUCGUCUGAGAUUUCGUUGCCUUUCCAGCUUCAGUUACGCCAAAUCGAACUGGAUGAAGACAUAGCGAUCCUGUUCGAGUUCGGUCCUGGGACCCAAACCUUCCUAAACGGCGGCGUGCCGGGAAAACAGGGGAGACCGCCGGCGUCAAAAUCGGCGGUGGAGGGGAUGCCACGUGUCGAGAUCAAGGAAGAGGAAGGGGGGAGUUGUGUGAUAUGCCUGGAGGACUGGUCUGGAGGUGAAGUGGCGGCGGAGAUGCCGUGUAAGCACAGGUUUCAUUCGAAGUGUGUGGUAGAGUGGUUGGGGAUUCAUGGGACUUGUCCUCUUUGUAGAUAUGAGAUGCCCGUGGAAGAUGAAUUGGUGGAGGAAGUAGAUAUUAUGUUCGGAAUGGCCAUUAAUGGCGGUGGAAGAAGAAGCGAAACAGCGAGCGGAGGAGAAUCCGAAGCUGAUUCAGAGCCUAUGAACGAAACAGAGGUUUAGUUGGGAGGAAAAAAUCAGGCUUUUUUUUUUAGGUUUUUUUUUUAUGCUUUGCAUAGGGGAAGAAUUGAAAUUUGUAAAUUGGGUUUUUU